AUGGAUGCCUUUACAUGGUUGGAAAUUCCUUCUGACACAAGAUGGACGGACGAGUUCCUGACGUGGGAGCCCGAGGAUUACGGUGGGGUUGAUAUGCUGACCGUUCCAGAGACGUUUAUCUGGAAACCCGAUCUCCUGCCCUAUAAUAUUGUGGAUGGCAGACGGAAAUUUGGCUCCACGGAAUUCCUCGUGAAGAUCAUGGCAGACGGCCGAAUUUUUUGGGACCCGGACUUUAUCCUUGAAACCCGGUGUCCGGUGGAUAUCACGUACUUCCCGUUUGGUACACAGAUGUGCCAGAUAGAACUUCUUAGCUGGGAACUGGACCGGAAGCAGCUAGCACUAACGACACCCCAGAAAAUACCAAGUCUAGACUGGUGUAUUAAAAACGGCGAGUUCGACAUCAAAGGUUCAUCCAUUGUUCACUUCAAGGAGUGGUCGGUAGACAUCUUGAAAUUCAGCCUCGUUUUGAAACGACGCGUCCUCUUCUACGUAUUCGCUCUGGUCCUGCCAGUGGUCCUGCUCUCGCUUCUCUGCAUCGUCAGCUACCUCGUUCCCAUGGAGUCUGGCGAACGCAUGACCAUCUCAAUGACGACGUUACUGUCGUUCACUGUGUAUAUGGGCGUGGUCGACGAGCUGAUGCCAAAAACCUCCGAGAACAUUUCCUUGUUGGUCUGGCUGUAUGAGGUCGUGUAUUGUUAUGCUGCAAUCGAAUCGGUUCCGCAGGUGGAUUGUCCGGAUGUAGCGGUCUUCAGCUGGCGUUGUGACCCUUGGUCUUCCCGGUCUUGCACGGUCUUGUGCCUGGCCUGUCUGCUGAUAACGGCUCAACAAGUUGCUGAUGGCGGCUUGACUGCAGUUGAAGUUGUGUACGUGACUACUCUUCUGGCUAUCAGUCUGAUGACUGUGCUGGGCAAUGCUACUGUUCUCUUCUUCUACUACCGCUGGGGUAAACGCAUGUUUCCUGACCGCACAUCUCCACACCAGGCAGACGACACCAACAGCGGCCCUGGCGGCGAACCUGUCUCCACCGUGUGGAACAACUGCCAGCCUUUGACGAAGAAACCCGAUUGGCAGGUGAACAUCACACGUGACCAUCGACAUUCGCUUAGUGUUCUGGGCAAGUUGAUUGAACACGGAAGCGGAAAUGAAUCCGGCAAUGUCAUUUUUGAAUCCAGGUCGGAAUCUAAUAUGGUCUUGAAUGAAACCAAUUCAGACCUGACGACAAAUGUUUUGAAUAAAAAUACCACGCCUCUAUCUGCUGCUGCUGCUACUGCUGCAAACAAGAAUGAACAUGUCGCAAACUCUACCAGAAAGCGUUCUGCGUCUGAGAUGGCCAGUCUAGUUAACUUGGUGCUCAUGUUUGUGGCCACGUUUUUUCUGCUGGCUGCGAUACUAGUAGUGGGGGUCAUCAUUUGGGAACACUCGUCACGACCAGAACCUACUGUGCAACAAUAA